AUGUGCAUCGGAAUCUCGUACGCAUUUUGGUCACUGCUCCUCUACCUCGACACAUUUGGUCGAUCGGACGUGCAAUCUACUCCCACUAAGUCUAUCAACCAACACCGACCGCCUGCCUGGAUAUUGGUGCUCUUCACUUGCACUGUUUUCAUCUUUCUUGGUGGUCUAAGCAGGGCGUUUCAUCAGUCCCCACUGCGGUCAUUCUAUCAGUUACUUCCCUUGACUCUCGCUCUAAUCUUACUGCUCACACCGAGAUAUCGUGAGGACUUAUCGCAUCUUCUGCAAAAUGCACUGUUUUCUCCAGCCUCCCCUAGCCGAGGAAUGUUUACUAAGAUUGUACUUCUGUUGUUCUUACUAAUGGAAUUUGCUCUUUGGGGUUUCAUUCAUCGAAUUCUGCUUUCAUUCGGUGGAGUACUCCUUGGACUUUGGCCCUACUUGGAUCCCACCUUCAUUACGCUCCAAAACAGGGCAACUUUGCAACGAUUGUGGCUUGUUGCACUCUGCUCAAGCAUUUGCAUAUUGUCGGCAGUUCUUGCAGUCCACAAAGUCUUUCUGAAAUCUGACUUAUCAGCUGCCUGGUUGACUAGUCCAAGUGGUCUUCUUGUAUCUGGAUCUGCAAUCAGUGGACUCCUGGUCUUUCUCGUUCGUAAUCUCGUCGACUGGUCCAUUCCGAUCCCAAUUCUCUUGCACGUUAUUAGUUGGAUACUCUUGGUUACUUCACCAAUGAUCGCUUUGUUUGGCAAGACAUCCACUGUUUGCGAAAGACUCAUUGGCAUUUCACUGGCAUUUUUUAUACCCUUCAAUCUCUUAAACACAUUUUACGAGGGCUUUUUCUUCCUGGCUCUAGCCACUACCGUAUUCAUGUGGAUUUGGUUGGAAUCGGGGCUGCAACUGCAAGAGGUCUUCUCUCUCAAAUCGAGACCGGAAUCUAUUAAUGGGAGCUCAAAACAGGGAAAUGACUCGCAAAUGACCUCAUUCAGUUUACGUCGGCCCUUCUUCUAUGUCUUCUUCGUUAUAUACGCUUUCUUCGGCACGGGAAAUAUUGCAAGCAUUAACACAUUUGAUCCGGUUUCAGUUUACUGCUUCAUCACUGUUCUUAGUCCCCCUGUAAUGGGUGCUUUGCUUAUUUUCAAGAUUAUUUGUCCAAUUGUUGUGGUCGGAACAUCUUACGCCCUACUGGGAUAUGUAAAAUCGAACACCUCAGCCACCUCCAGUCGUCAGGAGAUUACCGUGCUAAUGAUAAUCGCCAAUUUCCUCGCCGUGCACUUCUUUGCUAUGCUCAGGGAUGAAGGUUCGUGGUUGGAUAUUGGAGAAAGUAUCAGCCACUACGUAAUUGCAAUGUCUAUUGGACUUGCUAGUGUACUCCUCUCGCAUGUUGGCGGCUGGAUGCUCACCUCACCAUGGACGAGCAGACAUACUGAUACCAAGUUGUCUUAG